CAAGAUCAUCCAAUGGGUUUCCAUCACCGAGCAAGGAUUCGAACCCUGGUCUCCAAAGUCCAACGCUCAAACCAUGACUUGGUGCCGGUUCUCUUUCAAUGGAGAAUGCAACGGAUUGCUUUGGAAAUGCUCCAACAACAAAUAAGAAUAAUUGUUUUAUUGUUUAAAGGUAAGUUUUAAAACUUGGGAGGGGCCAAGGAAGAGGGAGUGGCUUUUUCUCUCUCCAAUAAUUGGAUAUUUCCCCCCCAAAAAAAGAAUAACUCCACCUUCUGGUUGUCGCCGGGUAGAAAAGGCCGGUUGGCCAACAACACGUCACUUGAGGUCAGUGGUUGCAAAAUGGCAGGUGAGCAAAACAAGGCUUUUUCUCCUCUUAAAUGAAUGCUUCCCUAUGUUUAAAAAUGCUUUUUAAUUUGAAUUAUUUCAAAUAAGUAUCUACAGCAAAUAAAUAACUACAUUAUUGCAAAGAACUCUGCAAAGCUGUAUUUCGUGACCCAUUUUCAAGCCCACUUUGGGGACCCUCUUUCCAAACUCGGACUAAAAUUCAGAGUGGAUCCAUCCCCCUAAACCUGGGACUUUGAUUCGAAAUAACUUCCUUUCCCCUCUUUUAAUAACUGCGUUUUCUUCCUAGCCACGAGGCUGAACUUACUUGCCCUUUUGGGAGUCCUGGGAGCCAUGGUGGAGUUGUGCCGAGCUGGAAACCCUCCUUUGCACGCACUUUCCAAGAAGCUGGGGACCUCGCGUCUUCUGAAGACGGUGGAAGAAGCCAAGGCCCUGGUCGACGCCGCCUACGAACGCACCCAGGAACGGUUGAGGAAGAAGCUGCGGAAGGCAAUGGUCGCCCCGUCCGACAUCUUGGUGUCUUUCAAGCAACCGGUGGGAGAAACGCGGGCGGCCGUCAAAGCAGCCGACUAUUUGCACGUCACGCUGGAGCUCUUGAAGAAGCAAUUGUGGCAAGCCAAGGCGAGAGAUUUCAACAUCACAGAUGUUCUUACCCCGGCGCAGAUGCAAACCAUCUACAAAGGAACUGGAUGCUGCAAGCAAGAAACCAGGACGAACCAGUGUGAUUUCAAGAGUCCCUAUCGGACCAUUACAGGCGAAUGCAAUAACAGACGAAUCCUGACUUUGGGGGCUCAGAACCGCCCUUACGCCCGGUGGCUCCCGCAAGAGUACGAGGACGGCGUCUCUCUCCCGCGUGGCUGGUCCGAAAGAAAGCUGUAUUUCGGAUUCCCUCUGCCCAACGUCCGGUCGGUUUCCAACAGCAUCGUCCGCUUCCCCAAUGAGAAGCUGACGGAGGACAAGCACCGUUCGGUCAUGUUCAUGCAAUGGGGGCAGUUCCUCGACCACGACAUGGACUUUGGGCCCAGCACCACGGCCACCCUCACCUUCGUCAAAGGGGUGGAUUGCGACAAGGACUGCACCAAGGCGCCGCCAUGCUUCCCCAUCAUGAUCCCUCCCAACGACCCCACGAAAAAGAAGGGCAACUGCAUCCCGUUCACCCGGGCAGCUCCGGCCUGCAACGGCGGCUACGCCAUCCGAAACCAGAUCAAUGCCCUGACGCCCUUCCUCGAUGCCAGCAUGGUGUAUGCCAGCGAGGUGAAAUGGGCCCGGGAGCUGAGGAACCUGACCAAUAAUCUGGGGCUGAUGGCCGUCAACCAGAAGUUCACGGAUCGAGGGCUGGCAUAUCUCCCGUUCGGCACCCCGGAAGGCUUCCCGGACCUUUGCCCAAGGACCAACCCCAUGUUCAACAUCUCCUGUUUUUUGGCAGGGGACAACCGAGCGAAUGAGAUGCCAGCGUUGGCUGUCCUGCACACGCUCUUUGUCCGUGAACACAACCGCCUGGCCACCGAGCUGAAGAGGCUGAAUCCGCAAAAGAGUGGGGACUGGCUCUAUCAGGAGGCGCGGAAAAUCCUAGGCGCCAUGAUCCAGAAAAUCACCUACACCGAGUUCAUCCCUCUCCUUCUGGGCAACUCCAUCUCCUACGCCGGGCGCAACGCCUGGAACAGGUACCGGGGCUACAACGAAUCUGUGGAUCCUCGGAUCGCCAGCGUCUUCACCAACGCCUUCCGCUUUGGGCACGCCAUCGUGCGCAAUGUCGUCUUCCGCUUGGACAGCCAGUAUCGGCUCCAGAGCCAGACCCCGCUGCAGCAGGAGUUCUUUGCCUCCUGGAGAAUCGUCAAAGAAGGAGGUAUUGAUCCCAUUUUACGAGGGCUGAUCACAAAGCCGGCCAAGCUGAUAAGGCAGGACCAGAUGGUGGUGGAAGCCAUCCGAGACAAGCUCUUUGAGCAAGUCAUGCCGAUCGGGCUGGACUUACCUGCAUUGAACAUGCAGCGGGGUCGGGACCAUGGCUUGCCAGGUUACAAUGCGUGGAGACGCUUUUGCGGUCUCCCGCAACCUCGCAACGAGGCCGAGUUGGCCAGAGUCCUCCGGAAUCGCAAUCUGGCCAAGAAGUUCAUCCAACUUUACGGGACGCCCAACAACAUCGACCUCUGGGUUGGCGGCGUGGCCGAACCCGCCGUCCAUAACGGCCGAGUCGGGCCGCUCCUGGCCUGCAUCCUUCGCACCCAGUUCCAAAAACUCCGGGACGGGGACAGGUUCUGGUGGCAAAACCCUGGUGUCUUCACCCAGUGGCAGCGCAACGCCCUUGUCCAGGUCACCUUGUCCCGCAUCAUCUGCGACAACACGCACCUCCGCCAGGUGCCACGCUUUGUCUUCCGUGCCAACCGAUACCCCCGGGAUUUCGUCAACUGCAACGCCAUUCCCCGGCUGAGCCUCUUCCCUUGGAAAGCAAAGUAAGGAUCACACAGACCUUUCUCCUGGCGAUGGAUUUCGUUCCCCUGCAGCUACCAUCCAUAUCCCUACAAAGGCUUUCCAGACAUUUGCUGUGGCUUAAAAAGUCCGCUCCCAGAGCUUCAUUCUCGCUCUGAAUGUUCUUUUCACCAAUGCUAACCCUUGCUUCUUACUUUGGCUUUUCUGCAAACAGGCCUAUCCAAAUUGCUAGCGGCUUUGCAAAAGUCACGCAAUGAAGAUUGCAGGCAUGCGUCGGAGCUGGUUUUAGUGAGCGUUCGAGCUUGGUUUGCUCUAAGGCGCAUCUAUUUCUCUUUUGGGGAGUCCAUGGCAUCCAUUGACCUCUCCUCUAGCACCGCAUUUCCAAUGAAUUGAUCUUCUUCCUAUCGGCUUUCUUCACUGUCCAGCUUUCAGAACCAGGCGUAGAAAUUGGAAAUGUAUUGGCAUGGACCAUCCUGACUUUGGCAUUCAAUGCUAUAUGUUUACAAUAGAGGAUAAUGCCUAGGUCCUUCAAUAAAGACCUAGCCUUCUUCUGAUUCCUUGACUGCAGUCUCCAUUUUGACUCUUUAACUCUUCCAAUGCCUUCAAUGCCUGCUUUACAGUUAUGUCAGCUAUCUUUGGUUAGCGUUUUUGCUACCUGAAUAACCCUGCCUUGGCAUUUUCUUCUUUGGCUUGCUAUUUACUGCUCUAAACCCAUCUCAGAAAUUGGAUUCAGCCCAUCGGAGAUCUCCUUAAAGCCUACAUUAGAUUUGCUGUUUUGCAAGAGUGAAAUUGCAUUUGUUUUGGGAAGGGUAGGACCACCAAAUUGGUUAAAUAGAUCUGCUGUUAUUGAAACCGAGUGUGUCUUUCUUUAUUCUGUGCGAUUGAUAUGACUACCUAAUUAUUGAAUUA